AUGAGUAUAAUGUCAUCACAGGAGAGUGAAAAGCGUUACCAAGAAUUAGAUGUAGUUUUCUCAAAAUAUAAACAUAUUAUGGACAAAAAUGAAACACAACUACAAUUGGACAGAUGGAAUAUAUAUUGUCUGAAUUUUGAUGAUAAAUUCGAUACUGUUGAUAAAUUCAGGGAUAAAGACAAAUUAUGCCCUCAAGCCAUGAGAUAUUUAUAUAAUAUAUACAGUGAUGUUUAUAGUCCCCCGGAAAAAAACCACUUUAAAUAUCUUUAUUAUUGGAUAUAUAAACAUCAUCUAAAAGCGGGAAAAGAUAGGAACUAUAUCAAAGACUUCUACAAGGAAAUAAUUAGGGUAUAUGAAAAACAAGGUUAUUUUUUGAGUAAUGUGGAUUCUAGUAAAAAAGAUAUUUUUGAUAAAGAAUUGGAAGUAAUCACAGAUAUAUGUGAUUACAGUACUAAACUUAAUGAUAUAAAGAACAAUACAUUUAAAUCAUGUAAAAGUAGUCAAAAAUGCAAUUGUGCUAAUGAAUGUGCUGAUAUAUAUCUACGCCGAUAUAAUGCAUGUGAGACUAUUGGGGUCGUCAUUUUUUUCCUGCCAUAUAAUUCAUGCUUACAUCGUGAAAUAAAAAAGAUAAUAAAUAAGUGUCGUGAUCUCAAGAAAGAAUGGAGUAAAUUGGAUAACUCAGAAAUAUAUAACAAUAUAUACUUGAAUAAUAAUUUUAAUGUCUUAUAUAGUUCCCAUUAUAUUGACGAAUAA